GUGAGCAAAGGGGGGAUAAAUCAUUCACCCUGGCCGAGAAAAAACAAUCGCUGAGAAGUCUCAAAGAAAUAUACCACGUGAGGGGAAAAAACUGGGAGAAGAUCCGGAAUAUCAUCGUUUUUCCUAUGGUAAAACCGGUGCCCCUCUUCAGGAGAACUGAUUUCAGAUUAUUAUUAUGCAACCACAAGGAUCUCUUCUUUCUCAGGGUGUCUAAGCUGCUGGAUUGCUUUUCGCCCAAAUCAAUGUGGUUUCUUUGGAACAUUUUCAGCAAAGGAACGCAUAUGCUGCAGUGUCUUUGUGGCAAGAGUCUUAAGAAAAACAAGAACCCAACUGAUCCACAGCUCAAGGGCAUAGUGACCAGGUUAUACUGCAGGCAAGGCUACUACUUGCAAAUGCACCCCGAUGGAGCUCUCGAUGGAACCAAGGAUGACAGCACCAACUCCACACUGUUCAACCUCAUCCCAGUGGGACUGCGUGUCGUUGCCAUCCAGGGCGUGAAGACAGGGUUGUAUAUAGCCAUGAAUGGAGAAGGUUACCUCUACCCAUCAGAACUUUUUACCCCUGAAUGCAAGUUCAAAGAGUCUGUUUUUGAAAACUAUUAUGUAAUCUACUCCUCCAUGCUGUACAGACAACAGGAAUCUGGAAGAGCCUGGUUUUUGGGAUUAAAUAAGGAAGGGCAAGCUAUGAAGGGGAACAGAGUAAAGAAAACCAAACCAGCAGCUCAUUUUCUACCCAAGCCAUUGGAAGUUGCCAUGUACCGAGAACCAUCCUUGCAUGAUGUCGGCGAAACGGUCCCGAAAACUGGGGUGACGCCAAGUAAAAGCACAAGUGCGUCGGCAAUAAUGAAUGGAGGCAAACCUGUCAACAAGAGCAAGACCACAUAGCCAGACCCUCACAGGUGGUGUGACUUUCUCGUCCUGAGCACAGUUGAGCAAUUUAUCCUUCCCAGACAUUCCUCUCCCAGGGCUGAGGAGCAGGCGGGAAGCACGCGAAUGCUUUCCCUUUGCUAUCCCAGAACUUCUUUGUUGCAAAUGGAUAAAUCUCAACCUGUGGCCCCCCACACAAGAAGACACCUGGACAACCAGCUAAACUCAGACCAUGGAAUGCCCUGCCAGAUAUGGAAUGCCUUUUUACUAUCUUUUCUGUGACUGUGACACUUCAUGUGAAUGACAUACUUCACAAGUACUCGAUUCCUUGCCUGCUGACAGCUACCCAUAAUCCUUUUUGAGUCCUGUUUCAGCAAAAUCCAUGUGUUUAAGUUCGAUUUUGUAGCACACCAAUAAUAUUGAGUAAUUUCUAGUUAGAAGCUGUAAAACUGUGCUAUUAUGGAUUUCUCUCCUCAUUUUUACAGGGCUGCUCGCUCCACUGUCUGUGACCUUUUGCAGGGAUCGUGUUCCUCUAAAUCUGAGAUAUUGCAGUUGGCUUAGUUCGGAGAGCAAUCAGGGAAUCAGGAAGCCUUCUACACCUGUUAUUACAAAUUGCAUCUCUAAAGAUUAAAAAUGUUGUCUCUGGCUCACAUUACUGAUUAAACAUGCAUAUAUUCUCUAUCCGGUAGCAGAUACUGCGCU